AUGGUAUUAUCAGUUGAAAAAAGGGAAAUGAUUUUAAAACUUCAUGAAGAGGGUUUAAGCCAUUCAAAAAAAGCACAAAUAAUUGGUUGCAGCUUAUCAACAAUUAAAAAUAUAUUGAAAAAUUAUGCAUUAAAUAAUUCACUUGAACCUAAAAAAGCUUCAGGUAGGAAAAGAACAUUGGUACCUAGAAUUGAAAGGGUGAUAAAAAAUUUAAUAUUGGAUGGGAAAUGUCAUAAUCUUGGACAAAUUAAGAGUUAUCUUUACAAGAAUUAUAAUGUACAGACUUCCAUUAACACAAUAAGAAGGUCACUCCUAUGUAAUGAUGUUACAUUAAAAGUUUGA